AAACAAGUUAAUUGAUAUGAAAUCAAAGCGUACGAUGAACAAACGCAUAACCAUAACGCGGUUAUCAACAAGUUGAAGGCAAAGUUUAACGGUCACAAAACCUACCAUUUCCGAACGAAGAUUCCAUCCGACAGGUCGUACGUACGGCAGUACCAUCUGGGCAGUCGUCAGUGAACGUACUAUCUAACAGUAUCUACUAACCUCCAAAAUGGCACUCAGUGAAUUUUUCGGCAGGAAAUACAAAUUGUCUUCCAGUGAGAAAUUUGACGAAUACAUGAAGGCUCUAGGAGUGGGCCUGGUAACCCGCAAAAUGGGCAACGCCGUCUCCCCAGUGGUCGAACUGAAAAAGGAAGGCGACGAAUAUGUCCUAUCCUCCACAUCGACCUUCAAAAACGUCGUUUUGAAGUUCAAACCCGGAGUGGAGUUCGAUCAGGAGACGCCAGACGGCAGGAAAGUCAAGGCCACGAUCAACGUAGAUGGAAACACGUUAAAGGAGGUCCAGAAGAAUGCUGAUGGAAGCACCACUACCAUAGAUAGGACGUUCACCAACGACGAAGUCAAAAUGGUUAUGAACAUCAAUGACAUCACUGCUACAAGGAUCUACAAAGUCCAAGCUUGAUUUUAUUCCAUUUAGCUUGAUAUAUCUCUUCCUUUCAACUGUAUUUCCAUUCAUUAUGUCAAUAUAUAUUUUUUACAGGCAUAUACAUAUUUUGUAAGUUUUCUACUCUAUGUACUGCUACAUGCUACAUCACUUGUUUUUUUAUUAAGGUUGUUAUUUAAUCUAAUUAAAUAAUUUAUUUGAAAACUAGU